GCAACAGUCUGAGAAAAGGCACAGCCAGGUUUUGGGACUUCUAUUAGCUCAGCCUUAGGCGGUAAUGAAGUGACUGACUCUGGGUUACUUCUGCAAAGUAGCCUUUAAUUGGAAACAAUGAGCUCCAUUAAAGUCUAUUACACCAGCGUGUCAGGGUCUAGAGAGGUGAAGCAGAGACAAGAAGAAGUUACCAGAAUUUUAGAUACUUACAAAAUAAAAUAUGAAUUAAUAGAUAUUUCUGUGAGUUUGAAAAUACUUCAGGAAAUGAGGACUAAAGUUUCUACCCCUAGAGCUCUGCCACCUCAGAUAUUCAAUGGUCAAGAAUAUUGUGGGGAUUUUGAAAUGUUUCACAAGGCAAAGGAGAACAAAGAGAUUCUGAAAUUCCUGAAGAUGGAAUGAAUGUGCGGUGAUGAUACAAAAUAUGUUUACCAAGAGUAUGUCUUUACACAUUGGCCCCAUUAGCAGCAACAGAUGAAAUCUCCAGGAUGCUCCUCAGGACUGAACAAAUUGAAUUCACAGAGAAAAUAUUUUAUGCCAAUAAAGUUCUCAAUUUUUC